GUUGAUUGUUAGAGCAAGUAGGCUGCUGAGGAGAGGACUUCAGAAGCAGUGCACUCUGCAAGAAAAUAUGCUGUCUGGUUGAAAUCUAUUGGAUUUUCAGAUGAUAACGUUAGGAUACACGUUUAGCGAACUUUAUGACCACAUUCACUGUUGUUCCUUGUAGAUCUUGGACGUGAGAUUGCUAGGUCCGAACUCGCUAGACAUGAGAUGAGUUAGCGGUAUACUGGCCGUUAGCUAGUUUAAGAAGUAAAUAUUAUUUCAUAGAAAGGGUUGGCAAUAUCGAGGAAAAUCCUCGUCCAGACAUUGGCAAGAAAAUUCCACUUAACGACCUAUCGGGAGGAUGCGGCUAGGGCUGGGGCGCUAUCGGGUGGGGCCCAUGUGGCUCUGGAAGGCCCUGCUGGUGUUCGUGGCCAUCGCCUUCGCAGGACAGUUACUGGGGGUCAUCUUCAACAAAAGCCUCCAGCAGGACAGGUCGCGGUCGCUGUUCUCAUCCGACGGCCAGGGCCCGCCUCUGGGCUCCUGUCGGCCCCACAGCCACGUCAUGUUCCUGAAGACCCACAAGACAGCCAGCAGCACUGUUCUCAACAUGCUUUACCGAUACGGAGAGGAGAGGGAUCUGUUCUUCGCCCUGCCUCUGGGGUACCAAUUUGGCUACCCCCUCCCCUUCAACGCACACAGGGUCAAAGGUUAUAGAGGGCCCCACGUGGCCGAGUUCAGCAUUAUGGGAAACCACAUGCGCUUCAACAAACCAGAGGUAGAGAAGGUGAUGCCAGUGGACACCUUUUACUUCUCUAUCAUGCGUGACCCCGUAGCGCUGGCCGAGUCGUCCUAUGCCUAUUACAAAGCUGUCGCCCCCGCCUUCAAGAAGGCCAAAGGCCUGGGAGACUUCGCCGACAACCCCAGGAAGUACUACGACCCCCGUCUCCGUAACAACCACUACGCCCGCAACCUGCUCUGGUUCGACUUCGGCCUGGACCACAACGCCAACUUCUCGACCACACUGGCCCGAAAAGGCGAGGUGGCCGUCCGACGCGCCUUCAAACUCAUCCUGGUCUCUGAGCACUUUGACCAAUCCAUGGUCCUGCUGCGCCACGCCCUCUGCUGGCCGCUGGACGCCAUCGUCUCCUUCAGUCUCAAUGCCCGCCAGCAGAAGCCCAGCGGAGGCAACUCCUGGGUGGGUAAAGUGGCUGCUGCGCAGCCCCCCGCCCUGGCUCUAACAGACGACCAACGUCUAAAGCUCCGUGAGUGGAACGCCCUGGACUGGCACCUCUACCAGGCCUUCAACCGCUCCUUCUGGAACGAGGUGGAUCGCUUCGGGAGAAUUAGGAUGGACCAGGAGGUCGCUCUUCUCCGUACCCGCCGGGAUGUGUUGGCCCGGGCCUGCCUAAGGGACGGCGGAACACCUGUGGAGGCCAGCCGCAUCCGCGACAAGACCAUCAGGCCCUUCCAGAGCGGCUUGGUGAAGAUCCUGGGAUAUGAGCUCCAGCCUGGGCUGGACAACGCUACUCAUCAGUCCUGUCUGAGGAUGAUCAGGCCAGAGAUCCAGUAUAAGGACCUGCUGGACGCCAGGCAGUUCCCCAGGGCUGCUCCCCAGGCUGCCCAAGCUCAGGCCCCGGCUAUCCCUGCUGGGGGAGCCUAUUUAAGGAAAGACCCUUCUUCCCAACUCAGGACAGGAGAGUUGGGGGUGGGGGAAGGAGGAGGAGGAGGGGGGACGGGGGAGGACAGGAGUCGGUUAUCUCGUAGUAAUAAUAAUAAUAAUAACCAGACAUUGCUACGAGGAGGAGGAGGAGGAGGGAAAGGGAAGAUAAAAUAGUUUUCCAUCCAGAAUUCACUGCCUUGAGAGAAUGGAUAAGACAGAAUGCUGACUGAGCCUGUGUACUCUUACUCAUGCACUCGUUGAGUAUUUCUAUUACUAAAGUACUCAAGAGACUUGAUGGAAAUAAAUACCCAUUCUCCCUCCAACCCACCUCUACUGUACAUUCUCUUCUGGCUGAACUUUGGACUGGUUAUGACUCUAUUUCGUGUUCAUACGGACUUUAUGAUUGCUGUGGAUGUGUUUUAAGGGGACUUGAAACGGAAUUGCAUUGCAUUCAGUGGGCCAGAUGUCGUUCAAAAAUUCUGCUUCUCUGAUCGAGAAAGAAAGUUAGAUUUGGUGGUCCAACUGCUACGUUCAACAUACAGUGAGGGGAAAAAGUAUUUGAUCCCCUGCUGAUUUUGUACGUUUGCCGACUGACAAAGAAAUUAUCUGUCUAUAAGUUUAAUGGUAGGUUUAUU